UCUUGUACCGUUUGACUUAGCGUCUUCAACUUCUUCUUCUCCAAUACCUAUAGAGGUCGAGCCCAGUUCUUUUUCCCGUUCCCAAUACGAAAUCCGAGUCGUUUUAUCAAACCCAGAAUUCAAAAUACGAAAUCCAGACAUGGGCUCGCUGAAGAACGACGAAGAGACGGAGCAAAUUGAGGGAAAAUCCAUGGAGGCGAUCUUGUACGUCAAUGGCGUCCGUAGGGUUCUUCCCGAUGGUUUGGCUCAUAUGACGCUUCUCGAAUACCUCAGAGAUGUAGGACUAACCGGGACAAAGCUGGGAUGUGGCGAAGGUGGUUGUGGGGCUUGCACAGUGAUGAUCUCCAAUUAUGACAGAAGAUCAAAGACAUGUUUGCAUUAUGCUGUUAAUGCUUGUUUGGCUCCUCUCUAUUCUGUGGAAGGCAUGCAUGUAAUCACCAUUGAAGGGGUUGGGAAUCGUAAACUUGGCUUGCACCCAGUUCAGAAGUCAUUGGCAUCUCUGCAUGGCUCCCAAUGUGGGUUUUGUACUCCUGGGUUUAUCAUGUCAAUGUAUGCUUUAUUGAGGUCAAGCAAAAACCCGCCUUCAGAAGAGGAGAUUGAAGAAUGCCUUGCAGGAAAUUUAUGCCGUUGUACUGGUUACAGACCGAUUAUCGAUGCAUUCCGGGUUUUUGCAAAAACUGAUGAUGCUUUGUACUCUGGUUUACCUUCACUUAGCCUUCAAGAUGGACAAAAUAUUUGCCCGUCUACUGGUAAGCCUUGUUCAUGUGGAUCGAAAGCAAAAAAUGCCACAGCCAUUUGUGACAGCAACAGGUAUCGACCUGUCUCAUUUAGUGAUAUAGAUGGGAGCAAGUAUGUAGAUAAGGAGCUUAUCUUUCCUCCCGAACUUUCGUUGAGAAAAACAGCUCCAUUAAAGCUUACUGGAGCCAGAGGUCUUAUCUGGUACAGACCUGUAAGACUGCAGCAAUUGCUCGAGAUUAAAGCAAAAUACCCAGAUGCAAAACUACUGGUAGGUAAUACAGAGGUUGGAAUAGAGAUGAGAUUGAAGGGGUUAGAAUACUGGGUGCUGAUAUCUGUUGCUCAAAUCCCAGAACUCAAUGUGUUGCAUGUUGAUGAUAACGGAAUCGAGAUCGGUUCUGCUGUGAGACUGUCUGAACUCCUAAGAUUGUUCAGGAGUGUCAUAAAGGAGCGUCCGGACCAUGAAACAUCAGCCUGCAAAGCUUUUGUUGAGCAGCUGAAGUGGUUUGCCGGGACACAAAUAAGAAAUGUUGCUUGUGUUGGAGGGAAUAUCUGUACAGCUAGUCCGAUAUCUGAUUUGAAUCCUCUCUGGAUGUCUUCGAGCGCAGAAUUUAGGGUAAUUGACGAUGAGAAGAACGUUAGGACUGUACUUGCGGAAGAUUUCUUCAUUGGCUACCGUAGUGUGGAUCUGCGGAGAAACGAGAUUUUGCUGUCCGUAUUCCUACCAUGGACAAGGCCCUUGGAGUAUGUGAAAGAAUUUAAGCAGGCCCAUCGAAGGGAUGAUGAUAUUGCUCUCGUCAAUGCUGGAAUGCGUGUCUUUCUUGAAGAGAAAGGCCAAGAGCUGAUCGUUUCUGAUGCAUCAAUCGCUUAUGGCGGUGUGGCUGCUCUUUCUUUUUGUGCAAGAAAGACUAAAGAGUUUCUGAUUGGAAAGGUUUGGAAUUAUGAUCUUCUGCAAGAUGCUCUGAAAGUCAUACAGAACGAUGUUUUAAUCAGGGAAGAUGCUCCUGGUGGAAUGGUGGAGUUCCGGAAUUCUCUGACACUCAGUUUCUUCUUUAAAUUCUUCUUAUGGGUUUCUCAUCAGAUUUCUAUUGUAAGACCGGCAGUAGAGAGCAUUCCACCUUCCCAUUUUUCAGCUGUGCAACCGGUUUCUCGGCCAUCUAGAAUCGGAUGUCAAGACUAUGAAACAGUAAAGCAGGGGACAUCUGUUGGCUCAUCAGAGAUUCAUCUUUCAGCGAAAAUGCAGGUAACUGGAGAGGCUGAAUAUACUGAUGAUAUACCAGUGCCUCCUAAUACCUUGCAUGCUGCCUUAGUACUAAGCAAAGUGCCUCAUGCCCGUAUUCUAGCAGUAGAUGAUGCAGCAGCUAAAGCUUCACCUGGUUUUGCUGGUCUGUUUCUUGCCAAAGAUGUCCCUGCAAACAAUAAGAUUGGACCAAUUGUCGCUGAUGAAGAACUAUUUGCUACUGAUGUGGUCACAUGUGUUGGCCAAGUCAUUGGAGUGGUUGUUGCAGAUACUCAUGAAAAUGCAAAAACGGCAGCAGGAAAAGUUCAUGUAGAGUAUGAAAAAUUACCGGCCAUAUUAUCAAUCAAGGAGGCUAUUGAUGCUAAAAGCUUUCAUCCCAACACAGAGAAAUGGUUAAGAAAAGGAGAUGUGGAGCUGUGUUUUGAAUCUGGUCAAUGUGAUCGGAUAAUAGAGGGAGAGGUUCAAAUGGGUGGUCAAGAGCAUUUUUACUUGGAGCCUCAUGGUAGUUUGGUUUGGACAGUGGACGGUGGCAGCGAGGUUCAUAUGGUCUCUUCCACUCAAGCUCCUCAAAAGCACCAGCAGUAUGUUUCUCGUGUUCUUGGUCUUCCGAUGUCUAAAGUGGUUUGCAAAACCAAGCGAAUUGGUGGUGGCUUUGGUGGUAAGGAGACGAGGUCGGGUUUCGUUGCUGCGGUUGCUUCUGUUCCUUCCUAUCUGUUGAAUCGGCCAGUGAAGCUUAUAUUGGACAGAGAUGUGGACAUGAUGAUAACUGGUCACCGUCAUAGUUUUCUGGGAAAAUACAAGGUCGGGUUUACGAAUGAGGGGAAGGUGUUGGCUUUGGAUCUUGAAAUCUACAAUAAUGGUGGAAACUCUCUGGAUCUUUCCCUUUCUGUUGUCGAACGUGCCAUGUUUCACUCGGAUAAUGUUUAUGAGAUUCCAAACAUGAGGAUCGUAGGGAAGGUUUGCUUUACUAAUUUUCCCAGUAACACCGCUUUCCGAGGGUUUGGAGGGCCCCAAGGCAUGCUUAUUACCGAGAACUGGAUGCAGAGAAUAGCCGCUGAACUCGAUAAAAGCCCGGAAGAAAUACAAGAGAUGAAUUUCCAAGUUGAAGGAUCGAUUACGCAUUACGGCCAGAGACUUGAGUACUGUACGCUGCAUCAACUGUGGGCUGAGCUGAAAACAUCCUGCGAUUUUUUAAAAGUCCGUAGAGAAGUUGAUGAGUUUAAUCGGGACAAUCGGUGGAAAAAGCGUGGGAUAGCUAUGGUUCCCACGAAAUUCGGCAUUUCCUUUACCACAAAGUUCUUGAAUCAGGCAGGUGCUCUUGUUCAUGUUUACACCGACGGGACAGUUUUAGUUACGCAUGGCGGUGUGGAGAUGGGGCAAGGAUUACAUACCAAAGUUGCCCAAAUCGCGGCCACUGCCUUUGGCAUUCCCCUGAGUUCGGUAUAUAUCUCGGAAACAAGCACCGACAAGGUUCCGAAUGCAUCUCCGACCGCUGCUUCUGCGAGUUCUGAUAUGUACGGUGCUGCAGUUUUGGAUGCUUGUGAGCAGAUAAAAGCGAGAAUGGAGCCUGUUGCAUCUAAGCACAAUUUCAGCUCUUUUGCCGAGCUGGCAAGUGCGUGUCAUUUACAACGGAUAGACCUAUCUGCCCACGGGUUCCACAUCGUGCCCGAUAUCGGGUUUGACUGGAAAACUGGAAAAGGGACUGCGUUUAGGUACUACACGUACGGAUCGGCCUUUGCGGAAGUCGAGAUCGAUACAUUGACAGGUGAUUUUCAUACGAGAACAGCCGACGUUAUCUUGGACCUCGGAUAUUCUCUCAACCCAUCCAUUGAUGUCGGACAGAUAGAAGGAGCAUUCAUACAAGGGCUGGGCUGGGUAGCUCUGGAAGAACUCAAAUGGGGAGAUGCAGCUCACCGAUGGAUCCGACCCGGAACCUUAUUCACAGCUGGACCCGGAAACUACAAGAUCCCGUCGGUCAACGACAUUCCGUUCAAAUUCAAAGUUUCCCUCCUGAAGGGUCACCCGAACGUGAAGGCGAUACAUUCAUCGAAGGCGGUGGGAGAGCCUCCGUUCUUCCUGGCGUCAGCCGUCUUCUUCGGGAUAAAGGACGCCAUUAGAGCGGCUCGGGCCGAGGUGGGACUCAAGGAAUGGUUUCCUCUGGACAGUCCGGCCACUCCCGAGCGUAUCAGGAUGGCUUGUCUCGACGACUUCUCCUCUCCCUUUGUCUCUUCCGGUUUCCAUCCCAAACUUAGCGUUUGAUCUCUUUCCUUUGGUCUCUCUACUGCACGAUGGUCAUGAGUCAAUUCUUCGGUCAUGGAUGAUCUCAUACACGAAUAUCAUGCAAGUUGAUGUGAUGAGUCUCGUAAUUAUGAACGGUCAUGUAGAUGGCACGGUCAGUCUUGUAAUUGAUACAUGGCAUGUAGAACCGGCAUGGUCUAUAUAAUGCAUAUGAAUGGUUCGUUAUUCA